UAAAAUCAUUUAGCAGUUCUCUAACCUUAUAAAACUGUCAGUUGUUUUUACAUAAUACCAAUUUGCGGCUGAAAUAAAACAACAAUAUGAGCAAACAAGUGAAGCCCUACCAUUACCACGACACCCCCGAUGGCGAGGAUAUCCUGAAGAAGCUAUGGUUCGUUUUAAAACCAGCCGCACUUGUCGCGCUUGGCCUGGGCACUUGUGAUGUGAUGCUCUACUCAAAACCCAAGGGUUACAUGGCCACCCUCGGCCGAUAUGCAUACUUAUCCAUGCCUGUGUUUGGGAUGACCACUGUUUUCGUGCUGGCCUCUAACAUGUUACGCAAUGCGCGUGGAAAGGACGACAUUUGGAACUGGGCUGGAGCUGGUGCUGCUGCUGGGAGUGUGUUGGGUAUCUGGAGAGGUAGUCCACAAGUUGGGUGGGUAAAUGCAGGUAUCUUUGCAGCUGCUGCUGGAGGCAAAAAAUAUGCUAACCUGAAUGGUGUUGUGAUUAUACCUGAAUUGAAUGUUCCAAAGAUGCAUGGUGGAAUCAAAGCUGUAAGGCAUGACUUUACAUUGUUGAAAGAGCCAACAGGUGAAUGGAGAAAGAAGUAUGAGUAAAGUUAAUUGUUCAGGUAGGGCAGAAAUUUGUAAAUAAAUAGUUUAAACCAG